UCUCCGCCGCCGAUUCUGCUCGGAGAAAACCGCCGUCGACUCCCCUGAAGUUGGAGUUUUAAGCAAAAGCAGCUCAGCAGUCGCUUCUCUUCAUUCAUACUCAGAGCGAUUCCCAUCUUCUUCUUCUUCUUCUUCUUCUUCUUCAGUCAAUAGCCAUGUCUUCUUCAGCGGAUGUUAAAGCGAGCGCGAGGAGGCUCUUCAUCGGAGCAGGCUGCAACAGAGUCGUGAACAACGUCUCAUGGGGCGCGUGCGACUUGGUCUCCUUCGGCGCUCAGAACGCCGUCGCCAUCUUCUCCCCCAAGACGGCACAGAUUCUAACGACGCUUCCCGGCCACAAGGCGGCAGUGAACUGCACGCACUGGCUUCCGAGCAACAAAUUUGCUUUCAGAGCGAAAAACAUGGAGCGGCAUUACCUAGUAUCUGGAGAUGCUGACGGUGCCAUUAUGUUGUGGGAGCUGUCUAUCAUUGACCAAAAGUGGAAGCAUGUCUUGCAAGUGCCACAGUCACAUAAGAAGGGUGUCACCUGCAUUGCUGCUAUCGUGAUAUCUGACAGAGCCGCUAUGUUUGCAACAACUUCAUCAGAUGGUACAGCACACGUGUAUGAAGCUGUUCUUCCGUCAUCUACCGGAGAUGAAUGUACAGUAUCUCAUGUGGAGUCCAUUCCUGUCGGUUCUAAAGCUAUGGUAACAAUCUCGUUGGCUCAAUUGCCUGGGAGCGCUGGGCAGAUUGUCCUGGCUAUGGGAGGUUUAGAUAAUGAAAUUCACUUGUACUGUGGUGAUAGAACUGGGAAGUUCAUGCAUGCCUGUGAGUUGAAAGGGCACAUAGACUGGAUCCGAAGUUUGGAUUUCUCAUUACCAGUAUGCACUGAGGGUGAACAGGACGGCCUGUUACUUGUAAGUUCAUCUCAAGACAGAGGCAUACGCAUUUGGAAGAUUGCCCUCCGUGAUUCUGCAGCUGGUAAUCGGAGUGCAAGCAGCAUUGACGAAAUAAACCUGGCGUCUUAUAUCGAAGGUCCGGUGCUUGUUGCUGGGUCCUACUCAUAUCAGAUCUCUCUUGAAUCACUUCUUAUUGGACAUGAGGACUGGGUAUACUCUGUGGAGUGGCAGCCUCCUAUAUGGUCUUCUACAGAAAGGAUGUCUUACUAUCAGCCGCUAAGUCUCCUAUCAGCAUCGAUGGACAAGACUAUGAUGAUCUGGAAACCCGAAAAAACGACUGGUAUUUGGAUGAAUGUGGUCACAGUUGGGGAGUUAAGUCAUUGUGCGUUGGGGUUCUAUGGUGGCCAUUGGAGCCCAGAUGGGAAUUCAAUCUUAGCACACGGAUAUGGCGGAUCUUUUCAUCUUUGGAGAAAUGUUGGUUCUGACUUUGAUAAUUGGAAGCCGCAAAGGGUACCAUCUGGACAUUUUGCUGCUGUGACAGAUAUUGCAUGGGCGAGGUCUGGUGAAUACAUAUUGUCAGUUAGCCAUGACCAGACCACUCGAGUAUUUGCACCUUGGGAACUGGAAGCUUCUCAUAAUGGGGCCUCUUGGCAUGAAAUAGCACGGCCUCAAGUGCAUGGUCAUGAUAUUAAUUGUGUAACCAUUAUAAAAGGGAAGGGGAACCAUCGCUUUGUCAGUGGAGCUGAGGAGAAAGUUUCAAGAGUGUUUGAAGCCCCUUUGUCAUUUCUAAAGACACUAAAUCAUGCCACAUCAGAAAUCUUUGGCUUCUCUGAAGAUUGUCAAACAGAUGUGCAAAUUCUGGGGGCAAAUAUGUCUGCUCUUGGACUGUCCCAGAAACCUAUAUAUGUUCAAGCUCCCCAUGCUCGUGAGAUGCCAGAAAGAACUGGUACGGCUGGACUUGACUCCCUCGAAACCAUUCCAGAUGCAGUUCCUGUUGUUUUGACGGAACCUCCAAUUGAAGAGCAGCUGGCGUGGCACACACUAUGGCCGGAGUCCCACAAGUUGUAUGGCCAUGGCAAUGAGCUCUACUCUCUCUGCUGUGAUCACGAGGGCAAGCUUGUAGCUUCUUCAUGCAAGGCCCAAUCAGCGACGGUGGCGGAAAUAUGGCUGUGGCAGGUAGGUUCAUGGAAGGCGGUAGGUCGUCUGCACUCUCACAGCUUAACAGUGACACAAAUGGAAUUUUCUCACGACAGCAAAAUGCUUUUAGCUGUUUCAAGGGACAGACAAUUCUCUGUUUUCUCGAUAAUCAGGACAGACACCGGUGACAUCACUCACCGAUUGUUAGCAAGGCAGGAGGCUCACAAGAGAAUAAUUUGGGCCUGUUCAUGGAACCCGUUCAGUCAUGAAUUUGCAACGGGUUCACGAGACAAGACUGUUAAAAUAUGGGCUGUGGAGGGGGAAUCUUCAGUGAAGCACAUCUCGACUCUGCCACAGUUUAGCAGCAGUGUGACCGCUCUUUCCUGGGUCGGCCUAGACUGGAAGCAGAACUCUGGACUUUUAGCUGUUGGAAUGGAAAAUGGACUUGUUGAGCUGUGGGCUCUGAGAAUCGUGAGAACUGAAGGCACUGAAGUUCCCAAGGUCAGCGCUUCUCUGGCUGCUCGACUUGACCCAUUGAUGUGCCACAUUUCUACUGUAAACCGUCUCGCAUGGAGAACCAGUGUCAAGGCAGAGGAUUUGAGGACCAUUCAGCUCGCUUCUUGCGGAGCUGAUCAGUGUGUACGAGUAUUCGAGAUUGAUGUCGAAUGAUUGCAUAACUGUUUUGUGUACAUUACACCAAUUCUAUAGUGUAGUAUUUGUUGACAGGCUACUCAAAUAUCACUAGACUUAAUUUUGAUAUGCGUUUCGCAUGUUUCUGCGGAAGUAUGUAUUCGGUGUUAAUUACGACCCUGAAGUUUGAACGAGCCGUAAGCGAAUUCAGACUUUGGGUUCUUUCUUCCUCAAGUGGACCCUUCAAGUGGCAUCAGUUCUCAAUUCACAGAAAGCGGCUACAGAGACUCUUUGGACUUUCCCAUGGGAGCAACUCCUUUCCUUUCUGUGUGUCGACAGUUGACAUGAUAAAUGAGAUACUUGAGGUGCAUGUGUAUAUACAUAUAAUACACAAAUAUGUUUAUGAUU